GCCAAGUGCAACAACGACGUGCAGCCACCGGAUGUGCUCUUGUCCACGAGGAAAUUCGAGCUGCACCAGCGACGGGAUCUAACACCGCAGGAUCAGCCACUUUCGAACAUCCGUUUGAACAACAAGUCUCCGCUUCCGGCGUUGGAAAGCUCCUACCGCUCUGAUCACCAUGGCGCUCGAGUCGCGCCAGAAGGCGUUCCUGACUAUGGAAGAUGCCAAGACCAUUUUCAACAUCGUGUGCUGCUUCUUCGGUAUCGGUACGCUAUCCAUGCCGUCCAACUUCGCCCGUGCCGGACCCGUGUACGGCACCAUAGCGAUGCUCCUAAUGGCGUUUGCCAACAUAUACGCGACCAUCGCUCUGUCCAGAGUCAUGCUGGUGGCACCCAAGUCGGUCAAGACCUUCACGGACGUCGGCGACUGGGUGUUCGGCAAGACCGGCCGCUACCUCGUGAUCGUGUCCCAGCUGCUCGUGUGUUUGCUGCUGCCGUGCGCCUUCCUGGUGCUUGGCAGUUCGCUGCUUGACGUGCUGUUCCCUGACUCGUUCAGCCAGAUCUUCUGGAUCGUUUUCAUGGCCCUCACCGUGGUGCCGUCGUGCUUGAUCCCGACCCUGAAGGAGGCGGCGUCCGUCGCGUUCGUCGGCUGUCUCGGUACGCUUAUCGCUGACAUUAUCGGCGUGAGUAUCCUUGAGUGGGAGAUGCGUGGUCACCCGUCCAUUCCGACACCGGACAUCACGCUGCACCAGGUGCUCACGACGUUCGGCAACCUGUCGCUGGCGUACGGCGCGUCCGUCGUCGUGCCCGAUCUUCAACGUCAGCACUCCGAGCCCACCCGCAUGCCCCGUAUCAUCCUCGUGAGUCUGGGUGCUGGUUCGGCGUUCUUCCUGGCCAUUGCCAUUGCCGGUUACGCUGCUGGUGGCUGCCAGCUCUCAGGUAACCUGCUGUUCUCCGUUGUGAACAUCGCGGACCCAACGACCGCGUCUGCGCUGGGUUUUAUCCCCAACCGAGGCGCGGUGAUCAUGGCCUACCUGUUCAUGCAGGUCCACAUCGUCAUCGCCUUCUCGACGGUCAUCCAGCCGCCGUUCUACAUGGCCGAACGCUUCAUCCUCGGCAUGCACAAGACUACCACAGAGAUCGAGAAGCUGUCGACCGUCGCCGACCUGUCGACGCCGGACCUUGAAUACAACGUCUCCAACACUCCGGGCGUCACACUGACGGCCGAACAACAGCGGAAGGAGAAGGAGGAAGAGGAACUCUCAGAGUACCAGGGCGCCGGUACGGUGCUUCGUUACGUGACGCUGCGUCUGUGCAUCAUUGCAGUGCUCGUUGCGGUGUCUAUCGGCCUCCGCGACAAGUUCCUCGACCUCGUGGACUUCACGGGUGCCUCCGCUAUUACGGUGUGUUGUCUCGCUCUACCUAUUACGUUCUACCUCAAGGUGUUCUGGAAGGAACUACCCGCGUACGAGCGUAUCGUGGCCAUCCUGGUUAUCAUCAUCUGCAGCAUCGUGGGCUGCUACGUGAUGAUCUACGCCGGUAAGAACCUGUUCAACCCGGACACCGAGACCGCCACGUUCCCGUACUGCUCCGUAGAGAACCAAAUGGAGCCGUACUACGUGCGAAAUUCUACGUCCAGCUAAAUGUAGACCGAUAGUGCAUCGUGUAGGAUUAACCAACAAGACUUCUAUCAACCUCUCCAAUUCCUCAA